GAGACGCGAAGGUACCCUGGCCCGGAACGUCCUGUGCGCACCAGGCUCUUGGCCGCCUGAACCCCCACGGUCGGUCCGGGCGUGGAGGCGGCCAGCCCGUCCUCGGUCCCUGCCGCCUCACGGCUGCGGAACGGUACAAACUCAUCGCCCCGCUUCCCUCCGCCCGGGCCCGGAGGCCGCGUCCCUGCGAGGGGCUCAGCCCCGACGGGCAGGUGCCUGGUGCCCGCGGACCCUCCCUCCGUGGGGCGCGAAGCCCCUGCUGGGUGGGCGGGGUGGGAGCAGCCGGGAGACCCUGCACGAAACAGCGCGGGAUGGCCAGCAGGUCCCGGACAGCUUCGUGUUGGGGAUUGUCGUCAUUCAAGGAUAUAUCUAUGGAGUUCACCUGGGAAGAAUGGCAGUUACUGGAUUCUGCGCAGAAGCACCUGUACCGGGAUGUGACUCUGGAAAACUAUAGUAACCUGGUGUCUGUGGGGUAUCAUGGUACCAAACCUGAUUUAAUCUUCAAGUUAGAGCAAGGAGAAGAGCCAUGGAUAAUAAACACGGAAGUUUCCCGUCAGAGCGGUCCAGAAGGUUGGCAAGAAUGGUACCAGAAAAAUCAAGAUGAACUUGAAAGUGUUGAGAGAAGCUAUGCUUGUAAUGCAUUUGGAAAGCUUCAUCUGAGCAAAAGCCACAUUUCUUCAAGACAAAGUCUCCUUAAAUAUAAUACACAUGGAAAAAGCUUGACACAAAACUUAACUUCAGCCAGAAACUAUCUAAGACAGAAUCCUGAUCAGUUUCAUGGGUGUGAUGAAUCAUAUUUUCUUAAGCAUCAAAGAACUCAUAGUAUAGAAAAAAACUGUGUAUGUAAUGAAUGUGGGAAAGCUUUUCGUUGUAAAUCACAGCUCAUUGUACAUCUCAGAAUUCAUACAGGAGAGAGACCAUACGAAUGCACUAAAUGUGAGCGAGCCUUCAGUGCCAAGUCAAACCUCAAUGCUCAUCAGAGAGUCCACACAGGAGAGAAGCCCUAUUCCUGUAUCGAGUGUGGGAAAGUCUUCUCAUUCAGGUCACAGCUCAUUGUCCAUCAGGAAAUUCACUCAGGAGGGAAACCUUACGGUUGCAGUGAAUGUGGGAAAGCCUACAGCUGGAAAUCACAGCUUAUUUUACACCAGAGAAGCCAUACAGGAGUGAAACCCUAUGAAUGCAGUGAAUGUGGGAAAGCCUUUAGUCUGAAGUCCCCAUUCAUUGUGCACCAGAGAACUCACACGGGAGUGAAACCUCAUAAAUGCAGUGACUGUGGGAAAGCCUUCAGGAGUAAGUCGUAUCUCCUCAUUCACAUUAGGAUGCACACGGGAGAGAAGCCCUAUCAGUGCAGGGAUUGCGGGAAGGCCUUCAGCAUGAAGACACAACUUGUUGUGCACCAGGGAACUCACACAGGAAAUAAUCCUUAUCAGUGCAGUGAAUGUGGGAAGGCCUUCGGUAGGAAGGAACAGCUCACUGCACAUCUGAGAGCUCACGCAGGAGAGAAGCCCUAUGGGUGCAGUGAGUGUGGGAAAGCCUUCAGCAGCAAGUCAUACCUCGUUAUACACCGGAGAGCACACACAGGAGAGAGACCCUAUGAGUGUAGCUUCUGUGAGAGGGCCUUUUGUGGGAAAUCACAGCUAAUUAUACAUCAGAGAACUCAUUCAACAGAGAAGCCCUAUGAAUGCAGCGAAUGUGAGAAAGCUUAUCCUAGGAAGGCAUCACUUCAGAUACACCAGAAGACUCAUUCAGGAGAAAAACCCCACAAAUGCAGUGAAUGUGGGAAAGCCUUCACUCAGAAGUCGUCUCUCAGUGAACAUCAGAGAGUUCAUACAGGAGAGAAACCGUGGAAAUGUUCUGAAUGUGGGAAAUCCUUCUGCUGGAAUUCAGGGCUUCGUAUACAUCGAAAAACUCACAAGUGAGAAAUCAGAACGGAGUAGAUGUUAGAAGCAUUCUCACAGAAGCUGAUCCACAGGAGACUUCAGAUGAUAAUAGAGGCAGGAAGUCCUAAAAAUACUCUCUUAUCAAAUUAGUCAUAUGA